GGAGCGCUCGACGUUAUCAGCAGAGGGGAAAAAACUCCCCACGGUCGCCAUAAUACAGCAGCGGAAACGGCAGAGAAGUGGCUAGAAAACAAAAGACAGCGCGCACUCGUCCUCACCAUUUGGUAUGCUCUUGCAGUGUUACAGGAAUGCCCAAGGAAAAAUAUGACCCGCCGGAUCCCAGGCGGAUGUACACCAUAAUGUCCAGCGAAGAGGCAGCCAAUGGGAAGAAGUCAUACUGGGCUGAGCUGGAAAUUAGUGGUCGAGUAAGGAGUCUGAGCACAGCCCUAUGGUCUCUCACCCACCUCACUGCCCUACACCUCAGUGACAACUCCCUGUCACGUAUCCCGCCAGACAUUGCCAAACUACAAAAUUUGGUGUAUCUGGAUCUUUCAUCCAACAAGAUCAGGAGUCUGCCGACGGAGCUCGGUAACAUGGUGUCUCUCAGGGAACUGCUUUUAAAUAACAACCAGUUGCGGGUACUGCCGUUUGAAUUGGGAAAACUGUUUCAGUUACAAACACUGGGGUUGAAAGGAAACCCACUUGCACAAGAAAUUAUGAGCCUCUACCAGGAACCUGAUGGUACGCGGAGAUUGCUCAACUACUUGUUAGACAAUCUGGCGGGGGCUAUCAAGCGCAUACCAACAGAGCAGCCCCCGGCCCGGUCAUGGAUCUCUCUCCAGGAACCAGACCGAACCCGGCCAUCAGCACUGUUCUCCGUCAUGUGCUACAACGUGCUGUGUGAUAAGUACGCCACAAGGCAGCUGUACGGCUACUGUCCGUCUUGGGCUCUAAACUGGGAGUACAGGAAGAAGUCCAUCAUGCAGGAGAUUCUUGGCUGCAAUGCAGACAUAAUUAGUUUGCAGGAAGUUGAGACAGAGCAGUACUACAAUUUCUUCUUGCCGGAGCUGAAGGAGCAGGGUUAUGACGGGUUUUUCAGUCCUAAAUCACGAGCUAGGACCAUGUCCGAAUCGGACCGCAAACAUGUGGACGGCUGUGCAAUUUUCUACAAGACGGAAAAGUUCAGUGCGGUGCAGAAGCACACGGUGGAGUUCAACCAGCUGGCUAUGGCUAACUCUGAGGGCUCAGAGGCCAUGUUGAACCGAGUGAUGACAAAGGACAACAUCGGGGUAGCAGUAUUGCUUGAAGUCCGCAAAGAGAUGAUGGAGGCCUCCUCUGGAAAGUCACUGCACUGCAUGGAAAAGCAGCUGCUGCUGGUAGCCAACGCCCACAUGCACUGGGACCCGGAGUACUCUGACGUCAAGUUGGUCCAGACCAUGAUGUUCCUGUCGGAGGUGAAAAACAUAGUGGACAAGGCGACACGAAGCCUCAAGUUGUCAUCGGUCUCUGGUGAAACCAACGCCAUUCCACUGGUGCUCUGCGCUGACCUCAACUCUUUGCCGGACUCUGGUGUAGUAGAGUACUUGAGUACGGGCGGAGUGGACUGCACUCACAAGGACUUCAAGGAGCUCCGCUACAGCGACAGCCUGACCAAAUUCAACUGCAACGGCAAGAACAGCACGUCCAACGGCAGGAUCACCCACGGCUUCAAGCUGAAAAGCUCUUACGAGAACGGCCUGAUGCCUUACACCAACUACACGUUUGACUUCAAGGGUGUCAUCGACUACAUUUUCUACUCCAAGCCUCACCUGAACGUCCUGGGCAUCCUGGGCCCGCUGGACUCCCACUGGCUGGUCGAGAACAAUGUCAGCGGCUGCCCGCACCCUCACAUCCCCUCCGACCACUUCAGCCUCUUCGCCCAGCUGGAGCUCCUCCUGCCCAACGUGCCCCCCCAGGUCAACGGCCUCCAUCUGCCCGCGCGCAGGUAGUGAGUCCCACCCCCCGCCACUCCCGUUCUCCCACUACCAGCUCUCUCCCUCCACCACACCGGAGGCGGGAGGCAACAGGAAAAAAAAAGAAAAGAAAAACACCACCUGUAAAAUAUUCGUACAGUGAGGUCUGGCCAACAGGGAUUUCGUAUGAUGUUAUCUAUAGAUAUUAUAUUUUUCUUUCUUUUUCUCUCUUAUUUUUAACUGCUCGAUUUCAGUCCCUUUCCCUGACACAUCGCUCCCCCCCCCCUCCCUACACCUCCUCGCUACACAGGAUGGGAGCCCAUUCAGCUUUUAUUCCGUUUUAGACAGAAAGGAGCACAUUUCCCCCCCCGGGGGUGGGGGGAUAAGCUUCCCACGCCGAUGGAGCGUCUCGGUCUGUCUGUCCUGUACAAACCUGACACCAGCAAAGACAGCAGACGCGUCGCUCUCAGAGCAGCUGACCUUUUUUUAAGGGCCAGACGAAGCUUUCCCGCUGUUGUUCCGUGGUGCUCAGGCCUUGCCUAGUGGUGCUACACCUCUGAACACCCAGCCAAUAGCUCCCCCCCCCCACCCCCCCUGAAAAAAAAGGCAGCCACAGACACCCGACGGUGCUGCACAUAGGUUUCUCUUACGUGGCACCGUGCUCCUUUUUAAAUCCGGGCGAGGGCUGUUUUAGGCUGACACACCUUUUUGCAGGCAGAUCUGUAGCACUGUCUCACUGGCCAGUAGUGACUUCCCUGCUCCAUGACACACACACACACACACACACACACACACACACACACACACACACACACACACACA